GGAGACCACAAGAAUCACUCGAAAAAGUGUACAUAAUGAAGAAAUCUCGGAUGCACCAAAAGAUGAUCUCGGAAUAGUGAAACCAGAUGACCAACUUCAACUGACAGAUGCCGAAUUAAAAGAAGAUAUCACGCGUGUGUUAACCGCAAAUAAUCCCCAUGCUCCUAAAAAUAUCGUCCGGUUCAAUUUUAAAGAAGGUCAAUAUAAACCCAUACCCCAAGUUGAACAGAUGGCCGUUCAUUUUUUCCUUGAAGGGAAUAUGAUUGAUAAGAACAGUGACGAGGCCACUCAGCAGUUGGUAGAGAAGGAGGACGAAGAGAAUGCCGAUGGCUCGGGGGGAAAAGACGGUGAAGGAAAGACUGGUGAGGGCGAAAAGAGGAAACCGAAAUUUCAACCGCGGCCGCCAAAAAAAUUAGCGAACCAGUUUAAUUUCUGUGAACAUUUUAGCCAGACUUACAGCGAACCUUUUCGGGAAAGGGGGACCAUGACUGAACCACCAGCACGUGGGUCAUAUUCAGCUAACGUGACUCAAUGGUCCAUAUACGAUGACUAUAAGGAGGAUUUUGCAAAGAAGGAAAAGGCAAUGGAAAAGAAGCCUGCAAGGGGUGGUAAGAAAGACGUCAAAAAGAAGAAGAAGGCGGUUGCCUCUGAGUCUCAGUUCGAUGACAUAACAAAAUUCUUACAACCGAUCAAAACUGUCGAAAGGAUGAUCAAUCAAAAUACAUUUGAUGAAGUUUCACAGGACUUUAAAUAUUUUGAGGAUGCUUCCGAUGAAUUCAGAGACUCCUUAGGAACACUUUUACCUUUAUGGACAUUUUCUUAUGAAAAGUCUAAAAAAUUAACUGUUACGGCCCUCUGUUGGUCGCCGCUGUACUCGGACCUGUUUGCCGUUGGACUUGGCUCAUACGACUUUUUGAAGCAAGUUCCUGGCAUGAUUUGCUUCUAUUCGCUGAAGAACCCUGGCCAUCCGGAGUACAUUUUUGAGACGGAAUCCGGGGUACUUUGUUUGGAUCUUCACAGAGAAUAUCCAUAUCUCGUCUGCGUUGGUUUCUACGAUGGUUCAGUUGCUGUGUACAAACUAGAUCAGCAAAAAAGUGGGCCACUUUACAUAAGCUCCGCAAAGGCUGGCAAGCACACUGAUCCCGUUUGGCAAGUAAAGUGGCAGGAACGCGAUGUACAAAAUAAUAGAAAUUUCUUCUCCAUCAGUGCAGACGGUCGAGUUACAAGUUGGACUCUACUAAGGUCUGGUGUUGGGGCUUUCCAUGAGUGUCCGGUAAGAGUUGUACUUAGUCUAAGCUUGCUGAAGCAUGUUCUGGAAUCGUUCUGUCCUGAAGGGUGUACUCUUAACUUGGUUAAAGUCUCCUUAUUUCAUCCUGUCUUCCUUUACACAGAGUGCGGCACCGCCAUGGACUUCCACAAAUCUCAACCCCAACUCUUCCUAAUCGCAACGGAAGAAGGCAUGGUUCACAAAUGCAGCCGAGCCUACAUAUCACAGUAUCUGGAUACCUACAAAGCACACCAUAUGGCAGUCUAUCGUGUAGAGUGGAACAACUUCCACAAGGACAUCUUCAUUACCUGUUCAGCUGACUGGACGGUCAAAAUUUGGGACCAAAAUAAACAGUGA